UGUGGUCAACGUUUUAAGAAAAUCUAGACCAACUUCAUGGGCCAUCCACAGGGUCAGGUGUCCUUGCAAAGAAUGCUUUCCCUCAAACUUUCAAAUACUGUUGCUCAGAUUUUUGAUAUCUUUACUUCAGUUCUAGGACCGAGUCUUCCAUGUCCCUGGGAAAGGCGGUUGAUUCAUGAAGUUUCGAACCUGUUUUGAGCUACUGAAUCUUCGCUCUUGACAGUGUGCUCACCAGGGGACGUGGUGGUCUUUGGCGCAAAGGGAUAGUGUCAACCUUCUCUUUACCCUUCUCAUCUGACGUCCUCAAUGAAGACAGCCAAUCACACAGAGGUGAGGGGGUUUGUUUUCCAAGGUUUCUCCAACUUCCGAGAACAUCAACUCAUACUGUUUGCCGUGUUUCUAACCCUGUACCUCUUAACUCUGGCCGGCAAUGUCAUCAUCGUGACUAUUAUCCGUGUUGACCACCACCUCCACACCCCCAUGUACUUCUUUCUAAGUGUUCUCUCCACAUCAGAGACGUGCUAUUCCCUGGUCAUCAUCCCACGCAUGCUUUCCGGCCUCGUGGGUCUGAGCCAGUCCAUCUCCCUGGUGGGCUGUGGGACUCAGCUCUUUUUCUUCCUUGGCUUUGCCAUCACCAACUGCCUCCUGCUAGCAGUCAUGGGGUUUGAUCGCUACGUGGCCAUCUGCAACCGACUUCGUUACUCAAUCGUCAUGAGUUGGAGGGCCUGUACCAUUCUGGCGUCCUCGGUCUGUGCCUCGGGGUUCUUGCUCUCUCUGGUUCAGGCUGUGGCCAUUUUCCGACUGCCUUUCUAUCCCACAUACGAUUUGAUGAAGACAGAGAAUCACACUUGGGUGAGUGAGUUCACUUUCCAGGGCUUCUCCAGCUUCCACGAGCACCAGCUCAGCCUGUUUGUCGUGUUCCUUGCACUGUAUGUCGUAACCCUGGCCGGCAACGUCGUCAUCGUGACCAUCAUCAGUGUGGAUCGUCACCUCCACACGCCCAUGUACUUCUUCCUGAGCAUGCUGUCCUCCUCAGAGACCGUAUAUACACUCGUCAUUAUACCCAAAAUGCUCUGUAACCUUGUAGGCCUGGGUCAGCCCAUCUCCUUGGCUGGCUGUGCCACCCAGAUGUUCUUCUUCAUCACCUUGGCCAUCAACAACUGCUUCCUGCUCACGGCGAUGGGGUACGACCGCUACGUGGCCAUCUGCAACCCCUUGAGGUACACGGUCAUCAUGAACAAGAGGGUGUGUGUGCAGUCGGUGGGGGGCGCCUGCGGCAUCGGGCUGAUCGUGGCGACGACGCAAGUGACAUCUGUGUUCAGGUUGCCUUUCUGUGCUACGAAGGUGGCCCACUUCUUCUGUGACAUCCGACCUGUAAUGAAGCUCUCCUGCGUCGACACCUCGGUCAACGAGACCCUGACCGUGAUCAUCAGCGUGCUGGUGAUCCUGGUCCCCAUGGGCCUGGUCUUCAUCUCCUACGUCCUCAUCGUCUCCACCAUCCUCAAGAUCCCCUCCGCCCGGGGCCGGAAGAAGGCCUUUGCCACCUGCGCCUCUCACCUCACGGUGGUCGUCGUCCACUACGGCUGUGCCUCCGUCGCCUACCUCAAGCCCAAGUCGGAGAACACCAGGGAUCAGGACCAGCUGAUCUCGGUGACCUACACCGUCAUCACCCCCCUGCUGAACCCGGUGGUGUAUACCCUGAGGAACAAGGAGGUCAAGGAUGCUCUGCUCCGGGCCGCUGGCAGGAAGCUUUCCUGACAAGAUGGGCCCACUUCAAUGGAGGGU